AUGACCGUCAUUAUCUCCAACCCCUUUCCCGCUGCUCACCUCAGCCCCCAGAAGGCCAUGCUCGCGCUCGAUGCACUGACUUUCAAGAAAGAUUAUGUCGGACUGCGCACGGGAUCCGGACUGUCGACGGCCUCGGCCGUUGCAAUCCUCGCGCCCGCCGACAGAGCCGCCUUUGCGGUCACCUCACGCCUCCUUGCCUCCAUCGUCACCGAGAAUCUGCUCCGGGCGUUCUACGUCCCUGUUGAUGCAGAACACGCUGCUGGUGUCUGUGUCAUCCUCUCUACCCAUGUCAUCGGCGAGCGUUCUGUGCUCGAGCGGUCCCUCAGACCAUCUGAUGUCUUCGCCGUCAUUCCCCUCCAUCAUGCUCCUGUGUUCAAGAGCGAAAAAGGUGUCCAUGGUAGGCCUGUAUGGCUUCUGGACCCGCUCGACAUGCUACCUUCAGUGUACGAGCUUCGGGACCGCCAGCCCAGUGACCCCCUAAACAACGACCUGCGCACGGCCAUACUGUCUAGCCUUGCACCCCCUCCUUGGGAGCUAGGUACCUUCACGUCGCUUUUUCAAGCCCUGGAUCCUCUACACUGGUGGGGCAAGUUUGCUGAUACAAUCAUGAUGGGAGACGACCUCCGUGCAAGCAUUGCCGGAGAAAUAUCGAGCUCCUAUGUCUGGCAAAGGGCUGUCUAUCAAAAUCCUCCACGCUGCCCAAUGCUGUCUUCCCCGUCCAUUGAAUGGGAGCAAUGCUUGGUAGAGGGCCACCCAACGCAUCCGAUGCAUCGCGCGCGCCGCACACUCGCCCCCCUGCCGUCCCUGACACCAGAGACGAGGGACUGGUAUCAUCCUCGCAUCCGUUUUGCGCUCAUUCCGCGCGAGCGCGUCGACGUUCUUGGCCCUUUUGAGCAGGAGAUCACUGCGCUCGCUCAAAUCGCCGCAGCCCGAAGCGGCACAAAAUGGCCCCUCGAGGGCGCGGACGGCCGCGUGAUCAUGCCCGUCUACGAUCUGCAGGUGGCGAAUCUGCAAGCGAAAUUCGACGGCAUCGAAAUGCUGGACGAGACAUUCAGCUUGGAGGCUCUUGGUCAGGCCAGCAUCCGAACGGUCGUGAUCCCCGAGGCACCACACUUGGCACUCAAACUCGCCGUCGGCAUCACUGUCUCCUCCGCAUUGAGGACAAUCUCGCAUUUCACGGCGAACUUGGGCCCUCGGUUCUCGGAUAUCAUCUCUAAGCUCCAUAUAGACAGCGAUAUCCUUCAUCUUGAACGCGAGACCGCCAGCGCAAUUUGUAUGCGGGACGCAGCGGGGAACGCGAUCAGCCCUGACACCGUGAAGCACUUCACAGCCGUCCUGCGAAGCCCAUAUGUUCCAAAGGAGGACGAAGCGGUGAUCAUAUGUGCGGCGUUGUCGGAGACUGGCCACUGCAACGUGCCGAGCGGCGUCUCCGUAGUGCAACACAUUUUUGACCUGACCACGGAUGAAAAGCGGCUCAGUUUCUUCGAUGAUUACGCUCGCACCCUAGUGGACGCAGUCCUCCCUCCGCUGUUGUUUGACGGCCUCGCCUUCGAAGCGCACCCACAGAACACGCUCAUGCGUGUCUCGCGCAGCACAGGCAAAAUCAUUGGCUUCGUCUUACGUGAUCUCGGUGGAUUGCGCGUGCACCCGCCUUCUCUGGCCGCCUCCAUCGGCGCGCCUUUCGAAUUCCUUCCGGAGCAUUGUGUCGUCACGGGCACGCGCGAGGAGGCCGCGAAGAAGCUGUACCAUACGCUCGUGCACAACCACUUACAGCGCCUAGUGCGUGUCCUCGGCCUGCACUACGACGGCAGAGGUUGGGAUAUUGUGCGCGAACAUAUGGAGCGACAUGUGAAGCAGGGCAACUGGCUAUGGGACGUGUGGAUGGGUGAAAAGGGCAAGAGUGUGUCAGGCAAGUGUCUGGUACGGAUGAAGAUCCAAGGCUUGUACCGUGACUCGGUCUACGAGCCGUUCCCCAAUAUGAUACAUUAUCGCCCGCAGGAGAAUUGAGAGCGUCGAAGGCUUUUGCCUAUAGCACGGAUACCCAUUGAAAAAUUGCUUGCUGUCGAUCGCUACAAAUGAGCGGAAUGUGGAGCGCACUCAACUGUACUUAUAUUAAUUUACUUUGAAUGGAACUCCAUUGCCAUUGUUU